UUAUUUUUUCUGUUAGAUUCAACACAAUGUACCAGCUGUUCAGAAGAGUUUUGGUCCAACCCCCAACGUGAUCACUGCGAACCCAAAAACAUUGAGUUUCUUUCCUUUAUAGAACCCCUAGGCAUCUCCUUGACCACUGCUUCAUUAUUUGGUGCACUUUUAUGUUUAAUUGUUUUUGGAAUCUUCAUCCAUCAUCGGACCACGCCAGUAGUUAGGGCCAACAACUCAGAGCUCAGCUUCCUCAUUCUGCUGUCACUCAAACUAUGCUUCAUGUGCUCCUUGCUUUUCAUUGGUCACCCAAGGCUGUCGACAUGCCAGUUGCGGCAAGCAGCAUUUGGGAUCAGCUUUGUGCUGUGUGUCUCGUGUAUCCUGGUGAAGACCAUGGUAGUUCUGGCAGUUUUCAAGGCCUCCAAACCAGGAGGUGGCAAUAGUCUGAAGUGGUUCGGGGUAAUGCAACAGAGGGGGACUGUUUUAUUUCUUACUUUAAUACAAGCAGCAAUUUGUACAACCUGGCUUAUGUCGUCCUCACCAACUCCUCAUAAAAACACACAGUACUACAAGGAAAAAAUAACAGUUGAGUGUGUAGUGGGGUCGACAGUUGGAUUUGUAGUUUUACUAGGCUAUAUUGGCUUACUAGCUAUUCUCAGUUUCUUGCUGGCUUUCUUAGCAAGGAAUCUGCCAGAUAACUUCAAUGAGGCCAAGUUUAUCACUUUCAGCAUGUUGGUCUUCUGUGCUGUUUGGAUAGCCUUUAUCCCAGCAUAUAUAAAUUCUCCUGGAAAAUAUGCAGAUGCUGUGGAGGUAUUUGCCAUUCUAGCUUCAAGUUUUGGGCUGUUACUGGCCCUAUUUGGACCAAAGUGUUACAUAAUUAUCCUGAAGCCUGAGAAAAAUAAUAAAAAAGCGUUGAUGGGAAGGGGCACACCAAGAUCAUAGUAACAUGGCUAUCAUUUUGAAUACAUAGAAAUAAUCAGUGGAGGUCUGUGAUUGUAGCUAAUGUAGAUGUAAGUAAGCUAUAGAUCUUUACUGAAUAGUUUGACCAACAUAUCGGAAGCGAAUAAAUCUUGUAUUCAACAUUGUGAUUCCUGCAUUCAUGGUGUUUUAUAUUGCACAAAGCAAAUUUUACUUUACCUAAUAUCCCAUUCCCAACUUCUUUCUUCAGUAACAUGGGUAUCAAUAGCUUUAGAAAUUACAUGCAAUAAUGGAAUGCUUCCAAAUACAACAAAUGUUGCAAUUAGGACUUUAAA